AUGAGAAAAUCAAAGGUCCCAAAAUCAAACUCUGCGAAUCUUGAGCAAGCGUAUCGCUCCCUCAUCUCCGCUUCCAGAGGUUUAUCUCGCACUCUUAGCCCUUCUCUUCCUGAAUCUCAGCCUCCGCCACCGCAAUUAGAAUCCCAAUCCCCUUCUACGGUGGUUAGCUCGUUCCCAGCUCCGGUGACACCGUCGCCUCCAUCUCAGGAGGAAAUUCAAACCAGAAGCAGGAACAGAGAAGAGAUUCGAAGAGUGCAUGACUGCUAUAAGCGUCUCAAAUCUUCUAUUGGUCAGAGAGAUGGUGGUGGGUGCUCUGCGAAUCUUGAGCAAUUAGAAUCCCAAUCCCAAGACGAAGGUACUUAUAAUAAGAAGAAGACGAAGCAGGAUGAAGCUUCCCUCAAGUCUGAAGAGGACUUGGAACUAAAGCAGAACCUUGAGCUCUAUGUCGAGAGGGUUCAGGAUCCCAAUCCCGAGUUGCAGAAGGCUGCUCUUGAAAGCAUGAGUUUCUUGUUCUCUGGUAGUGGUGAAGAUGGACUCAGAGAGGGAGUUUCUAGUUACGUUUCUAUGCACUAUUGUGUUGGAACUCUUUUAUUUUCCUGAGCUAUCUCUUUGGGGAUUGUUGUUGUGUGGUUUGUUGCUUUAUAUUGUUGUUAGAGAGUUGGACU